UAUCACAACGCUCCUCCAAGCCAGCGAACACCAUGGUCAACGCCGCUGCCGACGCUAAGAAGAAUGAGGGUAACGAGGCCUUCAAGAAGCAGGACUACUCCAAUGCUGUGGCCAAGUACACAGAGGCAAUCGAGAUCGACCCCACAAAUCACGUGUACUUCUCCAACCGCAGCGCUGCUUACGCUGGCUGGGGCAAGUACCAGGAGGCUGUGGACGAUGCUGCCGAGUGCAUCCGUAUCAAUCCCCAGUUCGUCAAGGCUUACCACCGUCACGGCGUGGCUCUGAAGGGUCUGAAGAAGUACGACGAGGCUCUGGCCACGCUGCGUGCAGGACAACGCGUGGACUUUAACAACGCCGACCUGAACCGUCUGGUGACGGAGAUCGAGCCGCUGCAAGCCCGCGCCGAGCAGGCCAAGCGCUCGGGCAUGAACCCUGCUGAGCUGCUGAAGGAGCGCGGCAACGACGCGUUCAAGAGCGCCGCCUUCGAGAAGGCCAUUGAGCUGUACGGCGAGGCCAUCGAGGCCUGCAGCGACAAGCCCGGCUCGGCUCUGGCUCUGUCGUGCUACAACAACCGCGCGGCUUGCAACCAGCAGCUCAGCAACUUCUCGGGUGUCAUUCGUGACUGCACGCAUGUACUCGAGUUCGACGAGAAGAACCAGAAGGCUCUUCUGCGACGUGCGCUGGCCUACGAAGGCCUGGAGCGCUACCGUCUGGCUCUCCAGGACAUCCGUGCGCUGCUCGCCAUCAACCCUUCCAUUGACAUUGCCAACAAGGCCCAGCACCGUCUCAGCAAUUACGUGCGCCAACUUAAGCAAAGCAACUAAUUGCAACAAAGAGACACGGCAACGAAAGAGCAGCAAACGGUGAUGGACCGAUGUCGCCAGUAGAGAAAGACCUGCCACACACACACAUGUUAACAUGCAGGCCGUUGAAUUUUCCAUAGAUUUUGCUUUGUUGCAUUUUUUUU